CGAGUUACCCUCCUUUCUCGGAUCACUUUCCGUGUGAUCUGUUCGCGAGUUCUGUUCCUGUGAAUAGUAAGGCAGCACAACCUGCAGUCAUCGAACCAAACGCAUUGAGACGUGAAACGGCCGGAUGGUGGGGAACGUGGAAAUAUUCUUGUUUGUGGCAGACGUGGAAGGAAUGCUUUUUAAAACCCCCAACAUCUUGAUGUUGAAUGAAAUAUGGGAGGUGGACCUGUACCGAGCCAACAGCCAGGACAAGCUGGGCCUCACCGUGUGCUACCGCACGGACGACGAGGACGACCUGGGCAUCUAUAUCAGCGAGGUAGGAGGGCAGCUCUUCACAGCGGCCACAUCGGGACCAAGAGAGGGGGGUUUUCUUCCUUUUAUGUGGUAACUAAGCCUAACUCUGCCUCACUGAGUCCCUUGGAAAGACACAGACACACUUCUCUGUCCCUUUCAUCACACCCCAUGGAGCCCCAUCUUUCCUGGGGUUAUGUUCUAAUGUCGGCACAGAUGGCGACAUUGCCCCGGGGAAGCCUGCAGACCAGCCAUAAGAUGGUUGUGUGUGCUCCACCCCCAGGGAGCGGCCGACGCUCAUUUCCAGUCUCAUGUUCUGGGCCGGUGGGAUCCCUCCCACUGCCACGUGUUUCUCUGUCUCUCUCCUUCCUUUUGGUGGAAUGUGUGUAGUCGAAGUCCUAGAAGUGCAUGGACUUCAGAGCAGGUAGGCAGUUGUCGUCUGAUCUUCUAGAGAAGACUGCACAGCCAGUGACCCCAGCGCGAUGCCGGGCGCUCACGUCUGCAAGCACGGAAACCGUUCUGUCGGGAACGGAACUUGUCUCGAUGGGAUGGACAUGGGUGUGUCGGUCCGGCUCAGUAACCUUCCCUCCGAGUUCAUGUUCUCCAUCCACCACGCUCCAGUGGGCCCGUCGGCACUGCCAUCGGGGUCUCUUUCCCAAAGUCAGUCCUCGUGUCUCAAGUAUACUUCAGGGGGUUUU